AUGAGCAGCGGGACUCAGCUUCUCCAUGUGGACAUCAAUAUUGAUGAGAGAGAACCUCGUAGAGGAAUCCUGAAGCUUCUGAGCAGACUCCGUCCUCACUGGAGGACACACACCAUUCAAAUGAAGACAUUCACAGAGGGCAUCACCAACCAGUUGAUUGGAUGCUACGUGGGCUCUCUCCAGGAUUCUGGUUGCGUUCUCGUGCGACUGUACGGCAGGAUGACGGAGCUUUACGUGAACCGUGACCGGGAGGUGGAGAUGUUCCAGGUCUUCCACGCCCACGGCUGUGGUCCCGAGAUCUACUGCAGCUUUCAGAAUGGCAUCUGUUACGAGUUUGUGAGAGGAACGGUGCUGGACGAUGAGCUUCUCCGGCAGCCGUCCAUCUACAGAUUGAUCGCAGCAGAGAUGGGGAGAAUCCACUCGAUCCAGCCAAAAUGUGGUCUGCCUGUUGAACCGCUACUCUGGACAAAAAUGUCCCACUUUCUCACACUGGUGCAGAGCAGCUUCAACAGCAGCCCAGCAGAGCAGCCGGGCACAAGAAGUCCUGCGGCUCUACGAGAGGUGCCCAGUUUUGAGACGCUGUCAGCGGAAAUGGAGUCACUGAAGAGACACCUCUCGCAGAUCGACUCGCCAACUGUCCUCUGCCACAACGACCUUCUGACAAAAAACAUCAUCUACAACCACAAAGAGGGAAUGGUGAAAUUCAUCGACUACGAGUACGCUGAUUACAACUACCAGGCUUUCGAUAUCGGCAAUCACUUCAACGAAUUUGCUGGUGUGAACGAUGUCGACUACAGCCUCUAUCCGAGCUGGGAGCUGCAGAGGGACUGGCUGACGGCCUAUCUGGAGAGCUACAAGCACAGCACAGGGCAUGAGGUCACUGUUACAGAGGCAGAAGUUACGCGGCUCUACAUUCAGGUCUGCAAAUUCUCACUCGCGUCCAACUUCUUCUGGGGUCUUUGGGCCAUCCUCCAAUCACGCUACUCCUCGAUUGACUUUGAUUUCCAAAGAUAUGCCAUGGCACGACUCAACUACUAUUUUGAGAAGAAAGAAGAAUAUUUUGGACUGACAAUGAGCUAAUAACAGGAUGAAGGACCAACAUUUUCUAAAAGAGUUUUUAGUGAAGUGACUGAUGUGUUUCUUUAUCACAUCAUACAAUACCAGGUGAUCGUUUGUGGAAGUGCGGAGGCACAGAAUGAGCUUAUAAAAGUGCUCCCCAUUGUUUGUUAUUUCAAGCUGUAGUGUGAGUUAAUAUGUUUUGCUAUCACAGUGAUUUUUAAAAUAUUUGUUUUACCACAGUCAGUAUGCCGAUAAGCCUAUUUGGCAAAUUGAGAUGGCUCUCAUGCCAGAAAUGCAUUAAUUGUUCCCACAUUCAGUUGAGUCGCAUAAAGCCACAAAAACUGAGCCUGAUCAUAAAACCCAUAAGGGGGUUAUUUGCAGGCUUAUUCAGUGUGUACCACAGUUCUGAUGGAAAACAAGUUUUCAUGUCAACUUACUUGCUAUACUAAGUAAUGCAUCAUUUUAAAGCUUUCUCUUUCCUUGGAACUUGCUGUAAAGCUGCUGUGAAUAUUAUAGUAAAUUACAAACAUUUUAAAAUAUUGUUUCAGACUUAUCAACAUUUAAGUGCUUGAACAGUGUGUAAAGACAGCUUGUUAAAAUAGUUUAACUCUACAGGUAGUAAAAAUGCACAAAAAUCUGCAAUUUGUGUAAAUUUAUUAUAAAAAGAAUCUUUGUGCAGUGACUGAAAGUACUAUGCUUCUAAUUGACUGCACCUCAAAUGCAAUUGCACAUCAUAAAAUUAAUAAUGAUUAAGUCUGAUGUGUGCUUCUUAAAAGUAAUACUGACUAGUGUCAGUGCUUUCACUACUGGCUUGUACUUUUCCAUUGUUAACGUCACAAGCUGGAAAAAAUGGAUUCCCUUAAAGUAAACUCUGUAUGUAUAUUCAAAUGUUUGCACACUUUAUUUAUAGUUAUGCCUUUUUACACUGUAUUCUACAGCUAUGGAGGACACAUUUCAUUCUGUUGAUGUGAUCUCAUUAUUAUCUGCCCCUUGGAUGUGUGUUGCAGGUCAUUAACUUGUCAGGGUCCCGAACAUUCACUGAAUCAGUGUAAUAACUGCUUUAAAACUGUGAUUAGUGUGUAAUGAAGUAAACAACAAUGUAUAUGUGCAAGAUGCAUAAAGUUUUAAAGAACU